AUGUCCCCCGAUGAAGCAUCAGGCCUCAGAUUACUCGCUGCGCAGUAUUUCCAGGCAGUCGAAGUGCAGAGCCUGCGUUUUCCACCAGGCAACGUACUGCUAAAGCUACCGGUGCAACAAUGGAUCAACCGGAAUAUGUUCUGUGAAGACACGGUAUGGCCUCUGCCGCCGUUGAACUACCGUACUCGAGUUCUUAAAAUGAUCUUGUCGACAAUUGAGGAGUCUUUCACUGACCCUGAGGAGGAUGAGAUCCUAGACGAUCUCAUGACAAGUUGGGGUAUUCUCAUUUCUCGCCCUAAGCUGUCACCGCUUGAACAAACCCAACAGUUGUCCUACAUCAAGUACACACCGCCUGUGGUACUGGAUUCCAAACACGACGAGAGCGUUAUUACGCUAGAAAAUCGAGGGUUGAUCCUUGCUGCUGGAACUACUGGUUUUCGGACCUGGGAAGCCGCCUUGCAUCUCGGAACAUUUCUUUCCACUCAAACUGGCAAAGAGUUUAUCAGUGGAAAAAACGUUCUUGAAUUAGGAGCGGGAACAGGGCUUGUAUCUAUGUACUGCUCAAAGAGCCUUGGCGCUAGCAGAGUAAUAGCGACAGAUCGGGAUCCAGCAUUGAUUGCGAAUAUUCAAGAGUGCAUUUCUUGGAACAAAUUAACCUCGAAGAAGAUCACUGCUUCUAUCUGGGAAUGGGGUACUCCACUGGAAUGCCCUGAUAACGUGCAGGACAAUGGACAACGCGUCAGCAUUGACACCGCAUUAGGGGCUGACCUGCUCUAUGACUUGGACUUGAUACCACUUUUUUUAUCGACCCUGCAGGACUUGUUUGAUAACUAUUAUCUCAAGGAGUUCAUCAUUUCAGCCACACUUCGUAACCAGGAAACUCUCAACGCGUUCCUCAGCGCCUGCGGUACGAAUUGA